CUAGUUAAUCGUUUGCUUCUCAUACGUGAACUAUCGUUGUUUUAAGCAAACGUACUUGCAUAGAGAGCAAAGAAUUAUAAGUUAUCCACAUGCAUUUAAUCAGUAUUCAUGAAGUACUCGCACAUCCAACAAUGGAUCUCCCAUUGUAGUAAACAUUUAUUUCAAUUCGCGCUCAUUUCUUUAAUCAAGUACUACAAGUAACAGACUCCGCCAGUUCAGUUCUGCUGUAAUAUUAAAUACGAACGCACGAAACGUUUUAGCGGUGAAUCGUGUAUUGUGAAAUUCGAGGCAAAAAUGACGACGGCACAAGACGAAAGAAUUAACGGAGAGAUUGAUUGGCUUAAGUGCACGCUAUUUCCACAGCUUUUAGCAAAUAAAAAUUUUCGGACAGACAAUGCAAUUGACGGCGCCACAACUGACAAUGUAAAACUGCUCGAUGUGCAGCUAAAAUUUAUCGGGUCAGAAGAAGCUUUCAUGUUGACCACCUGUUAUCGGGCUAUAAUCAAGGUGCAGCAAAACGACAAAGAUCCAAGAACCACGACGCUCGUUGUAAAGAAAACCCCAAAUUUGCCGCAAGUGACAUUCGAUGCCAUACAGUUUGGCGCGUUAUUCAGCAACGAGAUCUUAUCUUACAACAAUAUUCUGCCGGCGUUAGAAGAAUUUACCGGAUAUAGAUUUAAUAUUCCCCGAUUCUACUAUGGAGACCUACAAAGCUGUUCAGCCAUAGUGGUAUUAAAAGAUUUUGCCGCCGAUAAUUUCUGUGUGGCCAAGCAGAAAUUCAAUCUCUCAUUGGAGCAUGCGCUUGUAGCUUUGAAAACUCUGGGUAUUUUUCAUGGCACGGGUUUCGCAUUGAAGUAUAAAAACCCCGCUGAUUUCAAGCGCUUAACCCAGUCACUGCGGGAGCCACGGUACGAUAUUACGGAGAUGCAUCCUUUAUGGGAAAUGAUAACCAAAUUUGGCGCGGAGCGUCUUGGGAUUUCUACUAGGAAGUAUCAGCCACAAAUAGAGGAGAGUUUCAUAAGUCGCUACUGUAAAAUAAUAAGUGACUUCGUCGCGUUUGGUCGCAAAAUGGUUGCACCGGUAGAACCACUGGCAACGCUUUGUCAUGGUGAUUAUUUACGCAACAAUAUAGCGUUCAAAUAUGCUGAAGUAGAUAGCGCCGAAAAGCCAAUAGAGGCGCUAAUGUUCGAUAUGCAGACAAUGCGAGUUUCCUCGCCAAUGUUAGAUUUUGCCACCUUCUUAUCCUUGUCUACUUACGCGGCUGUUCGUUGCAAGCAUUUCGACGAGAUAUUCGAGGAGUACUACACAAAUCUAGUCGUAGCAUUCAAAGAGCACACUAAUGAGGAGCAGAUACCAGAGUACUUGAGCCGUGAAUUCCUUUUGCGCGAAUACUGGCGUCUGCUACCUUACAGCCUUAGCAUCGCAUCGCAUUUUCUCAUGCAAUUGAUGGAGCCGGUGUCCGGAGGAAUGGAGGAAUUGUUUUCGCGAGAGAUGGCUAGUGAAGAAGUGAGAGAGGACAGUAUGCACCGAGGAGGCGAGGCGGUCGACCUUGAAAUAGCUCAUCAAAUGAAAGAACUAUAUGAUCUAGUGACGAAACAUAAUAUCGAUAUAUUUAAGGACUUCGAUUAUGUGUGAUCUUAAUUUAACGUGUCUGUGUAACGGCAUGUCGAAAUUGUAAUAAAACAAAUACUAUGUAAUAUUCUAUGCCUGGUCUCAGUA